AUGGCGCCGAAAAAAUUAACGAGCGCCACAACGACGACCUUUUCACAUACGUUUUGUGCGGAGAACCCCAACAAACUUGAUGACGUGUAUUCUGUUGAGAAGAAAGCUCUUGGAGAGGGCUCAUAUGGGCAGGUUUGCAAAGGUGUGCAUAAAGACACCGGGGCCAUUCGUGCCAUCAAGGCCAUCAACAGACACAAGAUCUCUGACCCGGCGCGGUUUCAGGUAGAAGUGGACAUACAGUCAUCUUUGGAUCAUCCGAACAUUGUCAAGCUGUAUGAAGUGUUUCAAGAUGCGAAACGCUUCUACCUAGUCAUGGAGAUUUGCUCCGGUGGAGAAUUGUUUGAGAGAAUUGUAGCUGAAUCAGAAAAGCAUGAUGGGGCUCGUGCUUUUGAUGAGCGUGGCGCUGCAACCUACAUGCAGCAGAUAUUGGGCGCCAUGAGCUACCUACACAAGAACAAUUUUGUGCACCGGGACAUCAAGCCAGAAAAUUUCCUUAUGCAGAACACAGAUGCCAAUGCGGAGAUCAAGGUGAUCGACUUUGGUCUUGCAAAACACUUUGUUCCGGGCAGUGGGUCAAGCAUGAAGACCCGCGCUGGAACCCCAUACUAUGUGGCGCCACAGGUGCUAAGUGGUGCGUAUGACGAGAAGUGUGACAUCUGGAGCUGUGGGGUGAUUUGCUAUAUCUUGAUGUGUGGUUACCCGCCAUUCUACGGUGAAAAGGACAAAGAAAUCCUUGCAAUGGUCAAGAAAGGGGAGGUGAAAUUUGAUCCGGCAGAUUGGUCUGAUGUUUCAAGCGACGCGAUCGAGUUCAUCAAGUUGAUGCUCACAUAUGACCCACGCCAGAGGCCAAGCGCUUCCACACUGUUGACGCACAAAUGGUUGACUGCUUCAGCAAGCGCGCCGGUAGGAGCUGUAGCCAAGGACUUGGGUCACAAAUUGAAGCGAUUCCAGAGCAACUCUAGGAUGAAGAAGGUGGCUUUGACCCUUAUAGCCCAGCAGCUCAAGGAUGAUGAUCUGAAGGAGCUUCGAGAUACUUUCAUCCAGCUAGACAAGAACAGAGACGGAACUCUCAGUCUGGAAGAGAUUCAGACUGGUAUGAGGACUGCAAAGGCCGAUCUGCCAGACGACAUUGUGCAGAUAGUGAAGAACCUCGAUACUGAUGGAUCUGGCAACAUUGACUAUACAGAGUUCAUGGCAGCCACCUUGACAAAGAAGCAGUACCUGAGGCGGGAAGUAAUGUGGGCAGCUUUCCGUGUCUUCGACACCAACGGUGAUGGUGUCAUCACAAAGGAUGAGUUGGCAAAGAUCCUGAAGGAAGAAGACAACAUGGCAUACAUUGAGAAGAUGGUGCAAGAUGUUGAUCUGGACUCUAAUGGAGAGAUCAGCUUCGAUGAGUUCUGUAAGAUGAUGGAGAAGGAUUCUGCUGGCAUCCUCAGUGUAGCAGCACAGUCGGAAGAUCGGAUGCUGCCCGAAGUGUAG